GAUCAUGUAUGGAUGAUGACAGCGAUUGCUUCCUGCUAUAUUGGAAAUGCUUAGACUACUGUAUGCUAUAUAGCUAUAAUCUCAUUGACCACAAGACUAAUCACCGUCAUUCUGUCGCUGUUACAAUCUUGGUGUACGGACUCUACAGAACAGAACAGGAGGGCGACUGGAAUUGACUGA